AUGAAACCCAUCGUUCAAAGAAGACGCUCAACUUCAGCUGCCUUCAGCAAAGCACUUAGCAAAUCAAAAUAUCGUUCCAGCAGGGAAAUUAUUUUGUCAUCCUCACACGGAGAUAAUGGAUUACCAGCUGGAGCUUUUAGCAACCCAAAUUCCAUCUUCAUCUUGGAUGAGCGUGUCCAGCUUUCUCUGGGCUUGCAAACCCAAGAGAGGCAUUUGUUCCUCUUCAGCAACAUGCUAAUUGUUGCCAAAUCCAAGUCCUCUUCCAGCUUGAAACUGAAGAAAAAAGUUCAUCUGAGUGAAGUAUGGACUGGAUCCUGUCUUAGUGAAGUGUCAGAGAAGAAAAUGAGCCCAGAUACAUCUUUUGUGAUUGGCUGGCCAACUGUAAAUUAUGUCGUCACUUUCAGCUCUUCAGAAGUGAAGGAAAGAUGGCUGUCCGUGCUGCUCUGGCACAUCUAUGAAAUGAAGCAGACUGAGUACCACCAAAGUUUUCCCAUGCAGAUUUUGGUGAUGGACAGGGAGAAAAACUCUUCUAACACUGCAUUAAGCAUCUCCAACAUGGAAACUGCUGACAAUAUUAUCAAAAAGACCACAGAACAGUUGGGGGUUCCUGGUAGACCAAGUGACUAUCACCUGUGGGUUAUUUCAGGAAGGGACAAUCCUGCAUACCCCCUGAUUGGACAUGAGCAUCCCUUCAGCAUUAUCCUGGGUUGCCUCCGAGGCUCCAAGGACCAGUUGCGAGGCCCUGGCAAUGGCGUGCUGCUUCCUGAUGAGUACGAAACUUCACUGCUGCACCAGCUGCCCAGGGACCAGCAGUGCCAGUUUAUCCUGAAGCCCAAACCCCAGGCUCCAGUGCAGUUGCGGAGAGCCCCUUUGCAGAAACAUUUCAAGCGCAAGAAGUCUCUGAUCGACUGGGCUCUUCGGCGAAGUGUCAGCACACCAAUGGGCAGUUCUGCCUCUCAGUCCCCAACCAACCCCCGAAAACUGUUUGGCUUGUCGUUAACAUCAGUCUGUCCUGACGGAACUCUUCCCAAGCCCAUCAUGGACAUUUUGUAUCUGCUCUACCACGAAGGUCCUUCCACUCGGGGCAUCUUCAGGCGCUCCGCCAAUGCCAAGAAUUGCAAGGAGCUGAAAGAGAAACUCAACUCGGGCAAUGAUGUCCAAGUGGAUGGUGAAUCUGUCUUCGUGGCAGCAGCAAUCAUUACGGACUUUCUGCGAAACAUACCUGACAGUGUUCUAUCCUCAGACAUGCACAAUCUAUGGAUGGAAGCCAUGGAGAAGGAAAGUCGAGCACACAAGAUUGAAGCUAUCCAGAGCUUAGUGAAGCAGCUUCCGAAGGCCAACCUCCUUUUGCUCAGACACCUGUUUGGGGUCUUGCACCAUAUUGAGCGGAAUGCGGUGGAGAAUCAGAUGAAUGCCUUCAACCUGGCUCUUUGCAUCGCCCCCAACAUGCUGUGGCUUCCCAGUCCCACUGGACCCGAGGAGGAGAGCAAGUCAACCAAGAAGGUGGCCAUGUUGGUGCAAUUCCUAAUUGAAAACUCCGCUGAAAUUUUUGGAGGGGACAUUGCUUCCCUGUUCCAAAGGCCAGAAAAGAAAAAGUCCCAAAGUGUGGAUGACUUACUAGUUCAGCACAACGAUUCCUCAGAUGAGAUGGAAUAUGCAACCGUUUACCAAGAAAGAGCCCAACAACAUUAUGGGUUUGAAGGAGAUGAUGGCCUGUUCAGCCCAUCCGGAGGGCUGAUUCUCAGUGAGGAACAAGAAGACUGGGAUUUGUUCAGCGAGAUCACAGCUUGCUACCAGAAUAAAGCCAGGAAGAACGCAAGUACUGACAGUUAUGACCGCCUCGAAGAAGAAAGUUCCUUCUGCUCUCUCGGCUCCAUUAGUUCACUCAGCCCUGCAAGGAACCGAUGUUCCUCAGAGCCCAGUGUUUGCCUGAGUUCUCAGUUUCCUGCCCAGGACCAUGAGCCAGUGGCCCGGCAAUCUAGUUGUGAUGCCACCAUCAUGCAUACCCAUGGCGAUUACAUCCAUAGGCUGAAGCAGUUGCAGCUGGAGAGUCAGAAGCUUAUUGAUGAAGGUUUGAGCCCUGGGCUGAGCAGAGCAAGGCAAAGCUUCUGGAGAUCACCUCUGUGCAGCAACAUGGCAAAGAAGAUCAGCACUCAACAAACAAACUUGUCCAACCGAUCCAGCUUCUCCAGCCUGUCUUCCAUCACCACUUCUCCCUCAGCUUCCUCAUUAAGCUCCCUAGACAGUGCAUUCUCCUACUGCUCUGAGUCCUCUGCCUUCAGCCCCAUGGAUGUCUCGAUCCUGCCAUUCAUGUUUGGUACUUCCACCAAACUCCAUGCUUUGUCCCCCCAAAUGUCUAAGAGGUCCUUGAAAGAAUGGCACAAGCCCUUUACUCCUCCUUUGCCCUUAGGCCCUAGCAAUAUGGACUCUUGCACUGAUAGACAAGUGGAGGAUAAAGAAAAAAGGCACAGCAGAGGUGAGAGGCAGGUUUUCAUGCCCCUUAGUGUGACUGGGAAUCUAGGAAAUGAGGACAAUUUGGACAAAAACCAGCAGGAGUCUCAGUUCAUUGAGAUGCCCUCUCUGAUUCUUGGAAGACACGGUUCUGAAGACCCUAACCACAGGGACCAUAUUCCUGAAGGCUCUGCUCCAGUGAACCAGCAUGUACAGAGGGAGAAAUCUGCCAAGCAUUUAGAGGUCAAAUGUGCAGAACCUGCUGUUCACAGUCAAGAGAGUUGGAAGCGCACCAAGAUAACAGUGUACAUGUCCGCCAAAGAGCGAAGUCCAAGUGAUUCCCCAGUUGUGCCAGAGGAAGCAAUUGUAACUAUGAGCAACAAGGGUACCAGCUUGGAUGGAAAAUAUAGUAACAGUGAAGCCACUUCCAAGAGCCUACAAACUGUACAAGUUCACAUACCCCAGACAGUCUUUUAUGGACAAAACACUCCUUUGGUACUCCAUUCCAUUUCAAGGAGGUACCACCAAGGAACUGUGGGGCGGUCAUCACAGGAGAAGAUUCUGCAAAGGGCUCCUCUGGCGGAAGACCCAGGGCAGCUGCCGACACAUCCAGAAGGGAAUCCCAGCCAGGAGAGCAAUGGCACUUUCCACUUCUUUCUCCCAGCUUCCAUUCGCAACACAGUCCGGGAAUACUUCAGCCAGGACAAUCCCAAAGACUUUGCCCCAUCAGGAACAGAAAUGGUGGAGAAGGAGCUGAUCCGGAGCAAAGUCGAGUGGCUUAGAAGUCAGUCCUGCCCCAGCGUCCCAGCUGAGGAGCAUAACAGCUUAAUGUUUGCAGAGGAGACCUUUGUUUAAGGGCCCACACCUGGCAGGAGGGAG